AUGAAUGACAACUACAUGACACAAGCGGAUCAGCUUCUUGCCUAUCUCAAGAAAACACCGGACAUCAGUUUCUGCGCCAUCUUUGAUGAACCUGAUUCACCCUUGUUCACCAUUUACAAGCAAAGGGCAAACAACACCCGCAGGUACCUUUGUACAAGUACACAAUUCACUUCCGUCGUUGCAGCCCAAGAAGGAGUACUUGAUGAUGAUGCAUUGCAUGACAUAGACCCAAGCGGAGAACUCGACAACUAUGUAGAACGAACCCAUCAAGCAUUCAAGUUGAAGGGCUCUACAAAGAUGCUGAUCGGCGUUGCUUGGACAGACAACAAGAGCAGAAAGUUGUUUGCUCGCUUUUCUGAAAUUAUGGUAGCAGACGUUACCAAAGGCACAAACAAUUCUAAGCGGCCAUUGUUUUUAUCUUUGGGGAAAACGUCCAAUCAAAACACGUUUACCGCACUAUGGGCAUUUUUGCCUCAGCAAGCUCGAUGGGCCUUCCAGUGGGUGUGGACCCAGUGCAUUCCCCAGCUCUUGCCAAAGGAAGGGCUGCGACGGAUGAAAUUGACAAUCACAGAUGGAGACCAGAAAGAAUAUGGCCCUUUUGUUGAUGCAAUACCAACAUUCUAUCCAUUCUGUCAGCAUAGACUAUGUCACUGGCAUCUUCUCUAUCGAGGAGACCUUCGAAAGAUACAGAUUGGGAAGUGCGGCCAUAAAGCGACCAUUUUAUUCCGAGUAGUGGUUUGA